AUGAAUGAAAACGCAUGGGUAGAGAAUUUACAGACUAGAGCAUCGGAUCAUUCAGCUCUGUUUCUUAGCGUCAAUGCUAUUUGCACGCACAGAGUAAGGGGGCUGAGGAAAUUCAGGUUUGAGAUGGCAUGGUUAUUGGAUGAGGGUUGUAAGGAUGUGGUAGAGACAGCUUGGCAGGAGGGGAGGCCGGAAGGCUUACUGCACUGUCAGCAGUUUUGUGGCAUGAAGUUGAUGCGGUGGGGAGGGGACCAGCUCCAUAAAUUUGGUGACCGGAUUGGGAAAUUACGGCGGAAACAGGAGAAUUUCCGAAACACAAGGGAUCCGGUCGCUCUGGCCAAAUUCCAGCACAUUGAAAAUCAGCUCAAGCAGCUGGAGGCUCAGGAGUAUGUGUUUUGGAGACAACGAGCAAAGCAACACUGGCUCCGUGGUGCAGACGCCAACACUAAGUUCUAUCACAGAGUAUUCCCAGAAGGUCUGAAUGAUACUAACAUAAUAUUAAUUCCCAAGAAAGAGGUGCCCGAAACAGUUGCAGAUUUGAGGCUGAUUGCUUUGAGCAAUGUCAUUUAUAGAAUUAUGGCCAAAGAUGUUGGCUAA